AUGACUGUGACCGAUGAUUAUGUGGUGGGCGUGUGUUCUAGGUCUACAAUCAAUUAUGAACCACUCGGAAACCACCCAAAUCCAUCCAUACCGGAUCAGUCGGACAUACCUCCACGUGACAGAGACGUUGUGUUUCCCGAGCGUCUUCCGAGGCUAAAACACGAAGAUCUGUUCACCGAAUUCGACGAUGUUGUGCUGAACGGGUUAUACGAAGACGGGGAAUAUGUAAUCGAUUAUAGAUUCGACGGGGAUCGAAGAAUUGAUGAGCUAGCUUUAGCGAAUGCUUCAUAUUCAAGAGCAACACUUCUGAAUCCUAAACAAUUUUACGAAGUGGGUGAAGUCAUACACGUAUCAAUAGAGUUGCUGAAUGGAUACAACAAACGUAUACUUCGAGGUGGGGACAGGGUCCGGGUGUGGAUAAAGGAAGUAAGUCACGGCGCAUGCGCAAGAGGAUAUGUGGUUGAUCACGGAAACGGAAGUUAUACUGGCGUCGUUCGUGUUUUGUGGCCAGGACGGGUGGACGUUCUUGCGGCAGUUGUCUUGUCCCGAGAGGCCGUGAGAGUGUUGUAUAAAAUCCACAGAGAAGGCCACUUGGUGAGGCAGUUGUUUGCGAUAUUUCAGAGAAGAUUCAUGUAUGAGAUGACGUUGUGUGGUCCCUCCCCCUUUCUGCUCGGCUACACGCGAGUCUGUAACCUGACUAGACGCCAUUAUGGCCUCCCCUGGUAUUGUGGACAUCCGGAAGUACUGACAUGCGCAGAGUGGACCCGGAUAGGUGGUUCCCAGCCUCCAUGGCCAAUGUUUGAAGAGGAGCGUAAGCUGUUUGAAAAACAUAAUGUACAACAGAAUAUUCACAAGCAUGUCACCGUGGAGGCUCAUGGUAGAGGCCCGUUCAGUGUACAGACACCAUGCAACCAAAUUCCAGCACUUGUCACGUGGAGACAAGCACCUCCUGUCGGUUACUUCCUCAACUGGACAUGGUGCUCCACGGCUUGCACCAACACCCUUCCCAACACUGUACGGAGCUGGGACGAGUGUCUUCGUAACAGAAGAAUAUGGAUGCAUGGAGACUCCACACUGCGCCAGUGGUUCUCAUAUCUGAAGCAACGCCAGAAGGUGACUCUGGUGUCCGACAUAUGGCGCUACCCAGCAUGGCCGCUCCCCUCUACUCUCUCCAGCACCAAAUACAACUACGCUGUGUUCUGGGGCACUCACGAGUUGCCGUUCACAAACUCCGGUGAGUUUACUCCCAUGGAAGCACACAAGGCCACCCACGCCUACCUAGACGAGCUGCCGAGAGGCAACCGAGACAUCGUCAUCAUUCAUUUCUACCUCCACUUCACAGCCUACCCUCCCACGUUGCUAAGGACGCACGUCAGGCGGACUGUGCAAUCAGUGAAGGCGCUUCUGGAACGUGCCCCGGAAGCGAGGGUAUUCGUGAAAGGCCCGCACUCGUUUCGUAUCACUACGUUCGCACGUGGUGUGAUUGAAGACUACUGGGGGACCAUUCAUCAACAGAUACUGAAGAAAGAAUUUGAACCCAUUCAGGACAGAGUGUAUUACCUGGACUUUUGGGACAUGACCGUUGCUGGUGAAAAUAACCAUGUUCAUCCCAACAUGACGCUAGUAGGCCAGAUGUUACACACUCUGCUGGGUUAUAUAUGUCCGAACUAAUCUAUUUGACCAUUUACAGCAACUAACAUCACUUUUGAUUCUGCGUGCUAGGUCAUCACGUGGGUUGAGUACACAUCGAUGCCGGGAUUGUGAGACACGGAUAGUCGGCCCGAGAGAGUGGCGCUGUCUGACGUUUUGUUGGGAGU